AUGGCGAAAGCUAGCAGCGCAGAGGAGACGCACACUCAUGUUCCGGCUUCCUUCACAAAGACAGAGAGCGCCGCAGGGCGCAGCUUCGCCGGAGUUACAGACAGGCAGAGCCAGCACAGACCGCAGGAACCAGCUGGCACGUACCUCUGCUGCACACGGGAAACUUCCUUCACCAGAAAGGUGAAGCAAGCCCGUGGCUGCAGCUGCGCGCGGCUCCUGACAGCAGGGAAGGGAUCUCGGGGACUGAGCACAGAAGCUGCCCCCGGGCACGCACAGACAAAGCGAGCCAGAGCCGCCUCCUGCCCCUGCCCAGCAAAGCUCCCUCGCUGCCUGCCCGGAGCCUGCCUGAGAAAUCAGAAGAGGAGGAACAGCAACAAGUGCGCUCCGGUCCUGUCCCAGCCCUGCGCCCCGGUCCCAUCUCCUGUGCGCCCCGGUCCCGUGCCAGCCUCUGUGCGCCCAGUUCCAGCCCCUGUGCGCCCCUUCUCCUCUCCCGCUCCACCCUUUGAGCCCCACUGCCCUGCCUGCCUGUAUCUGCGUGCGCUCCUGUCAAGUCUCAGGGCGCUUGUGCUCCUUACAGCGCUGGGGAGCUGGAAAGUUUCCCGUCCCAGUCCGAGCCCUACAACAGGGAUUAUCCAAGCCAGAAGAACUUCCUCCUUUUGUUCGCUGCAAAUUUUUCAAGCCUCCUUUCUCCAUCCCGAAGGCUAUCUCAGAUAAGGCGGCAAAAAAAACGCAUGAGAGAUGAAAUGUUCUCUGAGAUCUGCAGUGAAAGAGCUCAUUUGAAAGAAGAGAAGGACACAGUAUCAAAGUACAGGAAAGCGGCCAACAAAUGUGAGGACAGGAGGGAUGAACGCGAGGACAGGAGGGAUGCUUGAGAUGAGAGGGGGUGGCAGGAAGAUCAGAGGAGACAGGAUGCAACACUGCAGCUCCUGUGGGAUCAAACGGACAUGCUCCGGAGUCUGGUGGAACUUCAGUAAUGGCAGCAGAAUCACAGAGUGCCGCUACAGCCCCUGUAUAACCACCCUCCCCCCUCCCGAUGUUCCAUGGCCUCCUCACCCAGACGCCCAAGAAUGCAGGGUUGGGGGAGGCUCUGUGCACCCUGCCACUCCACCCCAGUGGACAGCC